AUGUCUGAGAACACUAUCCAGCUUUCUCAUACAUUUAAGCAGCCAUGGUGCAUGGUCGCUAGAGCUUAUCUCGCCAAAUACCCUCACAGAAAACUCUCCCAUGUUGAAUCUGUGGAUACUUUAGAAAGAUAUGUCGACGAAGAAGGCAGGCUCAUAACAACCAGGAUUCUUGCAAGCUCUUUUAUGAAAUUUUCAUCCGUCUUUGGCUUUGAAAGGUCAAUCAUCGACCCUCACAAACAAUCGAUAACUUUACUGACAAAUAAUCUUAUAAAUAAAAAUGCAUUCAGUUCUGCUAAUUUUCUCUCCUCAUGGAAUUUUAUUAUAAAGGUAGGGCUUUUUCUAGAGACUUCUGUACAGCAACAGCGUCUUAACUUUGGUAAUUAGCCAGAGAACUUCUCAGAGUGGAUCAACAGAUUUAAUGUUUUCCUCUCAACAAACCUAAGAAGGAGAACCUCAUGCCGAACGCUGUAGGAGUUGAGUAUAGUAAAGUAAGGGCAACAUCUUUGUGGGUCUUUCUGUCCAGGAGGAUGCGGAACUUGUUUUAAUUGCUGAGUCAGCCUGAAACAUGGCACGAUAUCGGAGUACCCUUGGCAUCGCCAUUUGGAGCUAAAGGGUGGUUUCAACCUAUUCAUCCUACUAAAAGAAGUGGAACGUUAAACACUAAUUAAUCUAAGUAACUAAAACAAAUAAUCUCACUCACAGACAAUUUUCAACGUCACGAGAAGUCUGCACUUACUCAGUAGGGGAAAACAAUACAACAAAUUACGUUUUGCAGUCCACAGUCAUACCUGCAAUCGGUCUAGGCUUUCUAGUAGGAAAACUUAUGAAUGUAGUGAGAGGAAACUUUACCAAAGGGACUAAAGUUUUAGAAGAUAUCAUGCAUACAAAGUUUAAUACGCCUAUUUUUGAUUCAGCACAGUCUUUUACUGAGAAAUGGAACCAAGUAAGCAUGAAGAAGAAGUUUAAACUGCUGAAGAAGUCAGUGGCAGAAAUCGAGUAUUUCAAGAAUAUCGAUGGAAGUACCUUUAAUGAGAUUGUCAAGGUCUUGUCGAGCCAUAGAGAUGACAUUGACGUCGCUUAUAAGUACAUUAAGGCUUUUUCAGAAAACCAGUGCAUUGAUAAAGUCAUAGAUUUUAUGACGCUCAAAGAUAAAAAAGUGCUGGAAGAUUUGAUUAACGCCAUUAAGAGGGCUUAUGAAAAAACUAUGGGAUCUGAGCUCUUUGACCAACUUUUGGUUAAGUUUCGAUUAGCAGAACUUAAUAAACUUUAA